AUGACAACGACCACCACUGUUUUGAUGCAAGUUAACCAAAUGAUGCUGUGGAUAAUUUUAUUUAUUGGGGUGAACAUCUUCACAUUCAUUUUAUGGCUGUGCCUUUUACUUCUUGUUCAAAUUAAACAAACAAAUAUAGAACAGCCAGUCCUCAUCAUCACUGCGCAUCCAGAUGAUGAAUCGGAUACGACGUCGACCUGCUUUGCUUUACCACUGGGAAUUAUGGUGGAGUUGGUCAUGAAAGGAAGCGUGAACUGGACGUUGCAAUGA